GAAUAUCUAAUAAAAAAAUUGAAGACAAUUUGUUUGGUGUACAACUAAUAAGUGCAGUGCAGACAGCAAAAACGACAGCAACGCAAAAACUCCUCGCUCCCUCUUCCAAGAUCCCAAAACCACAAACCGAUCAAAACCCACACAAAAAACCGAUCAAACGGAGAUCAAAAAACGAAACCAAAAAAGAGAAAAAUUCCCACCGAAAAAGGAGAAAAAAAAAAACCGCCGCCAUCAUGGCGCGCUUCUUCCGCGACUCCACCUCCUCGUCCCGCUCUAGCAGUGACCUCGCCGCCGGCGCCGACGCCUCCGCCUCCGCCGCCACCACCGCCGCCUCGUCGCGCACGCCGCCGCUCCCUUCCCCGUUUCCCGACCUCGGGGUGCCCCUCUCCGCCGCGGAACUCCGCGCCACCGCCUACGAGGUCCUCGUCGCCGCCUCCCGCGCCACCGGCGCCAAGCCCCUCACCUACAUCACGCAGUCCGCAGCCUCCGCCGCCUCCGCCGCCGCACCCGCCCCCUCAUUGUCGUCCUCCAUCCACCGCUCGCUGGCGUCGACGGCGGCGGCGAGCAGCAGCAAGGUGAAGAAGGCGCUCGGGCUGAGGAGGUCCUCGGCGUCGUCGUCCUCCAAGCGGCGCGGGGCGCGGCGGCCGGCGACGGUGGCGGAGCUGGUGCGGGUGCAGCUCGGGGUGACGGAGCAGGCCGACGCGAGGAUCCGCCGCGCGCUGCUGCGCAUCGCCGCCGGCCAGCUUGGUAAACAUGCAGAAUCUUUGGUUUUGCCCUUGGAGUUCCUGCAGCAGUUUAAAGCAUCAGAUUUCCUUGAUCCGCAUGAGUACGAGGCCUGGCAGCUGAGGUACCUGAAGCUUCUAGAGGCUGGUUUACUGUUCCACCCACUUGUUCCCUUAAAAAAAUCAGACAUUUCUGCACUACGACUGCGCCAAGUAAUACAUGGAGCUUAUGAUAAACCAGUUGAAACUGAGAAGAACUCCAAACUCUUGGUGGAGCUGUGCAGUGCUGCCAGGGCGCUUGCUGGCAGAUCCCUUAUUGAAACUUUUGAUGAAUGCCACUGGGCCGAUGGCUUUCCUUUGAAUCUCCAUAUCUACCAAAUGCUGAUAGAAGCUUGCUUUGAUAGUGAGGAUGGUGCUGUGGUUGAUGAGAUUGAUGAAGUGGUGGAGAUGUUGACGAAGACUUGGCCUAUUCUCGGAAUUAAUCAAAUGUUUCACAAUCUCUGCUUUGCGUGGGCACUGUUUAACCAUUUUGUCAUGUCAGGCCAAGCAGAUAUCGAGUUGCUGUCUGGUGCAGGAAUUCAAUUGACUGAAGUUGUAAAAGAUGCAAAAACUACAAAAGAUCCAGAUUACUGUGAUGUUUUAAUCUCCACUAUAAACUCAAUAAUGGGUUGGACAGAGAAAAGAUUGCUUGCUUACCAUGAAACAUUCAGUGCUAGUAAUAUUGAUUCAAUGCAAGGUAUUGUCUCAAUAGGUGUCUCAACUGCAAAGAUUCUUGCCGAAGAUAUAUCUCAUGAAUACCACCGGAAAAGGAAGCAAGAGACUGACGUAGUAGUACACAGCAAGAUAGAAACCUAUAUAAGGUCCUCACUCCGUACUGCUUUUGCUCAAAAAAUGGAAGAGGCUGAUUCAAAGCGGUCAUCAAGGCACCCUGUGCCAGUUUUGUCAAUCCUUGCAAAGGCAAUUGGUGACCUUGCUACCAAGGAAAAAACUGUUUACAGUCCAGUACUCAAGAAAUGGCACCCACUUGCUACAAGUGUUGCAGUUGCAACCCUUCAUUCUUGUUUUGGGAAUGAGAUAAAGCAAUUUAUAGCUGGGCUAACAGAUCUGACACCAGAUGCAGCUCAAGUGCUUAAGGCAGCUGACAAGUUAGAGAAGGAUCUGGUUAAUAUUGCUGUCGAAGAUUCUGUGAAUAUUGAUGAUGAUGGCAAAUUACUUAUCAGAGAAAUGCUACCAUAUGAAGCUGAAAAUGUAAUGGCAAACCUGGUGAAAGCAUGGGUAAAAGAACGCGUGGACAGACUAAAAGGAUGGAUUGACAAAAAUUUGCAGCAUGAGACUUGGAAUCCAAAGGCUAAUGGAGAGAACUUUGCUCCUUCCUCGAUGAAGAUGAUGCAGAUAAUUGAUGACACAUUACAGGCGUUUUUUCAGUUUCCCUUAACUAUGCACUCCACUCUUCAUUCUGAUCUAGCAACCGGACUGGACAGAAAUAUUCAGUAUUAUGUCUCUAAAUCAAAAGCUGGCUGUGGAACCCAGAGUACUCUUAUUCCCCAACUACCUCAUUUAACAAGAUGUGAUGUUGGAUCCAAAUUAUUCAUGAAAAAGGAGAAGCCACAGGUACUUAUGAAGCGUGGAUCACAAGUUGGAUCAACCACAAAUGGUGCGUCAGUUAUCCCUGAACUCUGCGUUCGAAUUAAUACACUCUAUCAUGUCCAAACUGAGUUGGAGAGCUUGGAGAAGAAGAUUAAAACAUACUUCCGAAAUGUUGAAUCAAUUGACCGUAGCACAGAUGAGCUGAAUAUCCACUUUAAGCUCUCUCAGUCAGCCUGCCAAGAAGGCAUCCGACAGCUCUGUGAGACAUUUGCAUACAAGGUGAUAUACAAUGAUUUGAGCCAUGUCCUUUUGGAUUCACUGUAUGCUGGUGAUACUGCAUCAAACAGGGUGGAGCCUUUGUUGAGAGAGCUUGAUCCUAUCCUUAGGAUGGUAUCUGGCAUACUGCAUAAUGGUGUGCGGAACCGUGUUAUAACAUCAUUGAUGAAAGGUUCCUUCGAUGGAUUCCUGUUGGUGCUUCUGGCUGGUGGACCUACCCGUGCUUUCACCCUUCAGGACUCUCAGAUGAUUGAGAAUGAUUUCAGAGCCCUCCGGAGCUUGUAUAUAGCCAAUGGCCGUGGCCUGCCAGAGGAAUUAGUCGACAAGGCGUCCUCAGAGGUGAAGAACAUUCUGCCACUCCUACGAACAGACACAGGAACGCUUAUUGAGCGGUUCAAGCAAGCAAUCUCUGAAUCUUGUGGAUCUACAGCCAAAUCUGGGUUCCCAAUGCCUCCAGUACCCGCCCACUGGAGCCCAAGCAACCCGAACACAAUUUUGCGAGUUUUGUGCUACCGAAAUGAUGAGGCGGCUACAAAGUUCCUCAAGAAAGCAUACAAUCUACCAAAGAAACUUUGAUUUGUCAGCAGUUUGGAAGCUUUGAUCCUUUCAUGUAUAUAUUUGGUGCUUGCAAAAGAUAUGUUGGAUUGAGUAGGGUUAUGAUGCUUAUACAUUUGAAGGAUACCAACAGCAACAUGCUCCGGGAGAGUUGUGCCUUCAACAUGUGGCAGGCUCCAUGGAUGCAGACAGAGGAUCUCAUUUUUGAAGUGUCAAGUCCACGCUGGUCUAAAGAUGCAAAGGUUACGACUUGUGAGUUUUACUGCUGGAUCCGAUGAUUCCUGUUUCGUCUGGAGAGUUGUUUGUGCACGCGUGGGCUUGUUUUUCUGUCGCUCUAUUCUUUUUAGAAUUGAAGGGUUUUUUUUUAAAAGUACACACUCAAAUCUGUGAAUAAGCUAUAGACACGCUUAAAUUCUACACAUACACGAGUGCUUACACUUGUUUUGUACAAAUUGACUAUAGAAAAAAAAAAGGGCACACGAGGGCCUAUAACAAUUUACUGAUAAUACUAAUAUAUACUGCAUGUGAUAUUUGAGAUCA